CCCUCGUUAUGAAAAUUGGCAUUCACACCGGUCCGGUCAUCUCCGGCGUGGUCGGGUCGAGAAGGCCGCAGUUCUGUAUAUUCGGGGAUACCAUCAAUACCGCCUCGCGCAUGAAGUCCACUGCAGUUCCUAAUUGUAUUCACCUCUCUGCGAGCACGCGGAAGUGCUUGGAGUUCUCUCCAAGCCUGUCUUUCGAGGAGCGUGAGACAUUCGUCAAAGGUAAAGGUAUGUUGGUAACCUACAAUGCCUCGCGGGCU